GUCAAUUUAGGGGAUUUUUUUGAUUAGUCCUUGAGGGGGAGGGUUAGUUGUCUCGUUAAUGAAUUUAUUAGUGAUGUAUUCGGUGGUUUGAUGUCUCACUCCCUCGCACGGCUGACAAACUCACCAAAAUGGUCCUCCACAUGUGCGAAAUGAAAAAAAUUCACACAGACGCACACACUCGCAUGACAAUUUUACGUCUUUCAUACAGGAAAAUGGAUUUUUGAAAGUCGUUUUGGGGUUUCGUCCGAGUUUUGGGGGGGUUGGUUGCACUUGAUCGUUCACUGACUGUCGGGUUACUGGGGGGAAUUGUCGUGUGAAGCAGUCAUAACCUCAGACAUCUUCAUCAACAAACAAUUACUCAAGAUAAACUGGUGUUUAUUGCUCCGGAGCUGUGAUCUCUCCUUUUGAGAAUUUUGAUGAGACGAAAUGACACAACGCGAGGCGCGGGUGAUGUCCCGAGUGGAAAUCAACACUCGGAGAUUGUUGGGAAGAUGUGAACUCAUGGCUAAGGAAAAUCCCAACAGAGAUUGGAGACUGGAGAAGUAUAUUUUGGCACUGGAUGAUCUCCUAAAAAAAUUGCAAACCCAGCCUGACAAACCCCCCAGAGACAUAAUGUCUGAAUACAUAAAACGAAUAGAUUUCCUGAAAGGUAUAGUUGACACUGCGAAGAUUCCUGGACCAAUUGAGAGGGUAGUGGCAGCCCAGAUGCUCCCAAAAACCUCAAAUUUAUUGUCUGAAACCACCAGCCCCAGUAUUACGACUCAGAUUCACCAGAAGACUACUGCCAAGUACAACAGAGACGUGAGAGCUGAAUUAUUCAAUUCUGAUGGAGGAAUGGGGCAGGACGGGAUGAGAAAGAGACUAGCCAAUCAGCAGAGUCAGGACGAAGAUCUCGAUGCAAUUCUGAAGUACAACAGGAAUAUGCAGGAGAAAAUAGCUGAGAACAUGCUGAUGAUGACGAAGAAUAUGAAGGAGCACGCACUGACAGCCAGUGCAAUAAUCAAGAGUGACUUGAAUUCCCUGGAUAAAGCUGAUAAACUAACAGAGACCAAUGCACACAAGUUGAAUAAGGAGUCUCUGAAGUUGGAGGAGCACACGAAGUCCACGUGGAGAUGCUGGGUCUGGCUCAUGAUUGCUUUCGUGAUGAUCGUGUUCUUCAAUAUGAUUUUCUUCAUGAAGAUAGCUAAGAAGAAACUGUAGAUAGUGAGCUUUGAUUAUUGAGAGUGUAACAGAUUUUAUGUUUACCGUUCUGUACCGCUCUGUGGUUAAUGUAUUUGUGAAAAAUAAUAAUUUUGGAAAUUUAUUCAAAGGA